AUGAACGGAAGAGCGCAGAUCAUCGUGGAGGAUGAUGACGACGAAGUCCUAAGUCCAAAUGACCUGUCCGAGAUGUUAGCGGAGGGAACCAAGGAGUCUCAUGACAAAGCAGAGAACUGUCCGUUUGUCAAAGACUUCCUCAGAGGACGCAUCAGACUGGAGCUCUUCAAGAGGGGAACAGCCGCUCUGUAUUUUGUCUACGCUGCCAUGGAGGAGGAGAUAGAGAAGAACAGAGACCACCCCCAAUUUGCUCCCAUCUAUUUUCCCGCAGAGCUGCACCGGCGUGACGCCCUGGCCCACGACCUGGAGUUCUUCUACGGAGAAGACUGGGAGAACGAGGUCACCCUGUCUCCUGGCACCAAGCCUUACGUGGAUCGAAUCCACGAGGUGGGCGACAAAGACCCGGUGCUGCUAGUGGCUCAUUCUUACACCCGCUACAUGGGCGACCUCUCAGGGGGACAGAUCCUGAAGAAGGUGGCUCAGCGUGCAUUGAAACUGCCCCCGACCGGCGAGGGUCUCAACUUCUACCAGUUUGAGGGCAUCCACAAUCACAAGGCCUUCAAGCAGCUGUACCGCAGCAGGAUGAAUGAGCUGGAGUUGGACCCCGAGACCAAAGAGAGGAUUGUGGCCGAGUCCAACUUAGCCUUCAGCUUCAACAUGAUGGUUUUCACAGAACUAGAAGAGAUUGGAGAGACCAUCAAAGAGGAGGUCCAGGAUGCUGGCUUUGGACAUAGUCAUGCAGAGACCAUGCAGGGAGGCGACAUCAACAAGUGCCCCUAUUAUGCAGCCAAAAUGGCCACCGGUGGCAGCCUCAUCUAUGCAUACCACUUAGCUAUGAUGCUUGUCACACACCCCACCGGUCAGGUGGUACUGGCCACCUGGGUGGCUUUCCUCGCCGGAUUUGCUGCCUGGUACCUCAUGUGA